AGUUGGCAUAAAUGUAUGGAUCAUUCUGAUACUAGAUUUCAAAGUACCAUGGAUAAGCAUGUUAAAUAUGUUAUUUGUAAAAAUGGUCAUAAUGUUUGUAUAGAUUGCCUUACGAGCAAUCACGAAAGCAAUGAGAUCUCUGUUGAUCAUUUUGUUUGUCCUACGUGUAAUAAACCUUCCGAUAGUCAAGAUAACGAUCAAAAUGCGGAACACUAUUAUAUAAAGGCAAGCGAACAACUUAAACUUGAAGUCUUAACACAUCUAGACAAAAAUAAGCUCGAUAUGAAUAGAGAAUUGAGAAAAUUGAACACGGAAGCCGCUGAUGAAUUGAAAAUAAUAAUGGAACGUCAAGCAGUUCAAAGAGCCGAAAUAAUUGAAUUCUUUAAUAAAAGAGGUAGAAACGCUCAAGAAUUAUUGGACAAUAUAACAUCGUCUAGUAAGAAGUUUACAGAGUCGAAAUCGGGGAAGAACGAUUCAGAAUGUUCAGAGUUAAUUUCUAAGUUUCAAAAACGUCUUCACGACCUCCAAAAAGAGAUAUUAGAAAACAGAGUUUUUUAUCAAAGAGAUCAUAAAAGGAAUAAAUUUAAAAAUAGUACAGUUUCUAUAAUUGAUUACCAACAGCCUAUAAUCGAAACUAAGAUCUAUUUGAAUAAAUUUCCAAGAAAAGUCAUAGUAUCAAAAAAUGAAUUUUACGCCUUUACAUCCGAAAUAGAACCAUGGAGGAAUAGAAUAUAUAAAUUAUCAAAUAACGAAUCAAACUAUUGCGUUAAAUGCGCAGUUGAAGAUCUUAGUAUUGAUGAAGAAAAUGAAGAUAUAUAUUUCCUUUGUCCAAUGUUACAAAACAAUUAUCAAAGAGAUAAAAUAUUAUUAAAAGUAGGAGCAUUGGAAAAGAGACCGGAAAUAGUUGUUUUUAAGACAUUUUCAACUUUAGAAUCGUUUAAGAAUGUACAGUUUAAAAAUUCAAUUUGCUUUUCAACAUUUGAAAACUUUUGGAUAUUUAAUAAAAAAGAAAGAUCUUUAAAAUUAUUGAAAUUUUCAAAUUGGAUACAAAAUUUCAAGAUAAUAGGAGAUAACGCCUAUAUUCUUCAACAAGAUAAGAAAGUAUAUAGAAUCGAUAGCGAAAAUAAAUUAACUUCUACAAUUGACGUUAUGCUAUCUAUUGGUGAUUUUUCAAUUAGAGAAGAUAUCAUUAAUAAAUUGGAUAUUGGAAAUAUACUCCUCACCGAUAUCGAUUACGUUUUUAUCGUUGAUCCAAUAGCUAACUUAGCCCGUUAUUAUCAUCAUCAGAAAAUCUUUGAGGAUGGGCGUAUUACCAGCUAUUUGUUAACCGACGACAAAGUAAUCUUUUGUCUAAGAAAUAAAAUAAAACCCGGCGAAUUAAUCUUCAAGCACUAUGAAAGGAAAAUAAAUUAA